AUGGGCAAACAGACUCGCAGAAAGUGCCAAAUCCACGAUUCGGAUGAGGAUGUUCAAGCUCCACCAUGUCAUACACAGCGGGCUGGCACUGGAGGAGUGCUUUCUCAGUUGAGGAAGGUAGGAAACACUAUUGAGACUCCGGCCAGAGUGCCCAACAUGAAGGCUCGAAAUGUUGUUGUCCCUCCGGACGAGCCUGAAAAUGCAAUGGCUCCCACAAAGAAGAAGGGGAGAGCAAAAGCGCCUCGGGAGAACACCAUAGUAGAGACAUCAAACCCAGCCAUUACAGGUCUACCUGCCCUGCACGUCGUAAACAAUGGAAGGUUCAGAUUGCAGGAUCAACCAAUUCCCUUGGGAUACGUCAGUUCCAAGCCACUCCUGCAGUCCCAUCAAACCCUUCCUGAGCCUGACUCAAUGACACCUGUUGUCCAGGCCGGCAUCAAUGCUCGUACUCGUGGUGUUGCUCGUGGUGUCAGCCGUGGUGCUGUUCGUGGUGAUGUUGCUCAUAGUGCUGGUGCUCCUCAUCGUGAUGGUGCUCCUUGUUGUGACGGUGCUCCUCGUUGUAAUGAUGCUCCUCGUUGUGAUGGUGCUACUCAUGGUGCUGAUCGUGGCGUCUCUCACAGCAACCAUCAGUCUGACAUAGCUCAUGUCCCACUCAGUGGCCAUACUAUUUCUCAUUCUCCGCAGGUCAGCAACCAACGUCCAAAGUCGUUCAUUGUGGCACCCCCUGCCCUUCCUGAUAUUGCUUCAUCUGCAAGUCACUUGUUUGCUGACUCAGAUGAUGCUAGUGAUGGGGUGGACAGGGAGAUUGAUGAAGACAGAAUAGGUGAUGAAGACAGAAUGGGCGACUGGGACGAUGAAGACGGCAGUAUGGGCCUCGAUAAACAAGACAUCGGCAUCGAGGAAGAAGAUAUUGAUGUCGAGCAAGACAUUGGCAUUGAAAGCAAUGACAAUAACUAUAUGGAUUAUGCCAACUACAGGGAUGAAUAUAUCACGCAUGCCUCGGAUCACAAUCACCAGGCCAAUUCUGGCCAUCGUCAGGCCAGACACUCUGCCACGCCACACCACCCAGGACAAGCAGGGGAGAAGGCCAACUGGAACAGGAAUGUGGAUAAAGAUCGCUGCCAGCAAGGCACAACCAAAUCAGCUCGUUCAAAUGCUCUGACCAUAUCUAAGCGCGCUCACACAGACUCAGAAGAUGAUGAUAUUAAUACUGGGAGGAAGCGCCGCAAUGCCAAGAAGAAGGGAGACGCUGCCAACCCAACUACCCUCAGUUUCUUUCCACACCUCUGGGGAAAUUUUCUCAACUAUGCCAAGGCCAAUUUCAGGCUUUAUCUCGCUAUUUCAGUCCCAUUCCCUACAAAAGAGGACGCCAUUUCUGGUGUAUGUUGUGAAGCAAUUACGGAAGCGAUUGUAUACUGGCAAGACCAAAAACGCCAAGUUGAGAAAGGUUACUACCCGAAAUACAAAAGAGAGAUGGCUAUCGUGACACAGGUUUAUAACAAUGCAGUGACCUUCCGAAGUUGGAUCAAACAAGUUGCACUUGCUGUCGUCCCAAUCAGAUAUGGACUUGCACUUGUACAGGGAAACACCAUUGCAAACGUCAAAACGAAAGCAAGUGAUCUAUUGAAGAGGACGAAGUUUUUGCACAGUGAUUGUGAUGAUGAGGGUUGUGCAUCAAAUUUUGCCCACAAUGCACUCCGAAUUGUCUGUCACAAGGCAUUUUACGAUAGCAGGUCCAAAUCAUUGAGGCAAUUCCCCACAUUUCAGAAGACCAUUCCACCCAAAGCUCUCAUCCUCGUCGCAACCAUCGUAACUGGCGCCGUUAGCAAGCAGACAGCUAUUCCGGAUUCGGAAGCCAGCUAUGAGUCAAUCUCGACGUUGUACGAGCGUGUCAACAAGGACUCAUAUCACGGUCCAAAGCUCCAUCAGAUGUUACAAUCCUGGGCUGCGGAGGGCUUGAAUACAUGUGGUGCCGUGUUUGGUGAUGAAGGAGGCUGCAACACUUCAGACUGGGACGUCGACCUCAAUUAG